AUGAGUCUGGCAGCGAACAGAUCGAGGCGGAAAACAGCGUCCGUAGAUUUAUACAACAGCAAGACAGGCGGUACCACGCAGGGUAGCGCGAGGAAAUCGAAGAAAAGGAACCUUAACCCUAAGAGGGUAUCAAUACACGAUAUAGAUUUCAAUCAAUCACUCAUACAAUCGCCCGUCGUUGAUAGAUUACACCAUUCGAUUAUCGAGCAGCGAGUACCAACUCCAACGCUAGCAGAGAGGGCGUCAACCUUGAAGACACUUGCGCAGGAUGCAUUGAGCUUUUUACUCAGUCCAGUCGCCACGAAGAGUGAUUCCCUAGUUCAGAGACGCUGGGAGACGUUUGAGUCAUUCAAAUCUAGCACCUUCACCAGUGGGAAUUUCAUUUCUAUCGACCAGGUCCUCAGAGGACAGAACAGAACAUCUGAAACUGCAAUGACCAUAGCACACGGUAUAAGAAUGUCAAACAUCACGGCUUUCGCUUAUAUUAUCAACCACCAGUCUGCCACAGUCGAUUCAAAUGGCGAAAUAAGUCCAUCGAUCAACUUGAAAGAAGCUUGGCAGUCGUUCUUACCUUUUAUAAUUCCAGAAAGCAACAAGGUACACAAAAGACAUGUGGAUAUGCUCAUAGAGCUAGGUACACAGGUCUAUAACCUUAAGCAGCUUAUCGUAUCACAUACCCAGAAACAAUCUGACGCAUCCCGUCUUCAAGCUGAAUCAGUGAAGGAACUAAAAUUAGAAUUGUUCAACUUCAAGGCGACUUUCAAGAACGUCGACAAGAAGAAGUUAUCGAACAAGAUUGAAACACACUUUUUGAAGAAGGCUAAAGAUAGAGCCCAGAGUAUUCUCCGCCUGCCGGUAGAAUCUCUCAAUAAUGAGUAUCCGUAUGAGGAAUUCAAAGAUCUUGUGUUCAACUAUGUCAACUCUAUUUGGGAUCAGGACGGAUCAAACAUCGCUGGCUCUCCAGGUAACGCUUCGCCUCAUGGUAGCAGCGUCGAAGAUGAAGAAUUGACUGAUGUCUUGAAUGUGAGCAGGUUGCUCCAGCCGGAUCAGUCACAGGGUGCUAAGGAACAUCAUACUCAACCACAUCCCAUCGGUGACACCUCAAAUAUGCCCCAUCUUUUAUCAGGUGAUGAUCAGAACUUGCAUAACGAGAUUGACGUUAAUCUAGAUCUUGAUUCACAUAUAGAUAAUGUCAAUGGGAGCAUCUUCUCCGAACAACAAAGCCAAUCGGUAGCGCAUUUGAAAGACUUCUUUGAUGAACCGCCUCAGGGUGAAUCAACAUUCUUUUUACACAGCACACCAGACAGGCGUUCUCAUCUGGGUGACUUUACUGAAGAUCCCCUGAGGGAAGGCAGCAUUUCCUUGCGGAGUGAGGGCCGUGGACCCAUUAAUAUUGAACAUUUGCUCAACCAUCAGCACCAUGUCAGCACUGAUGCGGUCAUAAAUGCCAAUGACGUUUUUGGUGAUAAUGCUACAGAUGCUCAAACUAUACCACAUUUGUCUGACGGCUCAUCCUCGCAUAACAGAUCUAGUGAUCAGUCGAUAUCACCGAAUAAUCAAACGGUGAGCUCUUCGUCUAGUAGCGACACGAGUAAUACGAAAUUACGAGAGGCGCGAGAUGGUGUAUUAGGUGAUAUGGCAGAUAUUCUCGGGGGCAACAUCAAGGACCAGUCUCUUUUAUUACAGUCACGCCAAACUGGUAAUGAUCAUGAUGGUAAUACAGGUGUUUCUACAACCCGGACGAGUUCUUCAAUGCCUCCUCCAUCAAACUCACAGAAGAACCUUGACAAGAGGAUCUCGCUACAGAGUCUCAAUACUGCUACACCCACCCUUAAGUAUAUUAAGGAGAAGAUUGGAGGACGUACUAGACAAUCUAAACGAUUGGCGUUAAUCACUGAACAGGCGCAAGAUGGAGUUAUUGAAGAGGCCGAGUUGAGACAUCAACCAUUGUCCCAAGUUAUAGAUGCUCCGUCUCAUGUUGACGUUCAACUCAAAGGCACUGAACAGCGAAAGGUAAAUCAAGAAGGAAUGCAGAAAGAGGUUGAAGAAGCUCAAAGGGGAGAAGCUAAUGAGAUUCAAAAGAGAAGAGAUAACGAAGCUCGCAACAAGGAAAUUGAAGAGGAGCAACAGAGACUUAGUAAUGAACGUAGGGAAGCUGAAGAAGAAGAAGUGAGACUUCGUCUUGAACAACAACGUCAGUCUGAAGAAGAGCGCAUUCGUCAUGAAGAACAUCAUGAGCGUGAUCGACAAGCAAAAGAUGAGAUUCGUCGUCAAGCUGAAGCAGAACAGCUUGGGGUUGCACAAGAAUCGGAGCAGGCUAAGAUUCAAAAUCAGCUUGAGUCUUCAGUUGAUAACUCUCCCGUGGACGCAUCAGAAGAACCUCAUGCAGAACUAUUCCCUGAAACAGUUGGUCCUUCUGAUUACUGGAACCAGAUAAACGAAGAUCCAUUACCAUUUGCUAGUGAAGACUAUGCUAUAAUGGAAGCUGCAGAAGGUUCAGACAAUGGCGGUAUGGGUAGAAGACCAUCCUUAAUGAGCUGGGUCGGUGGAAGCAGUGAUAAUACCCCAACUUCCAGACAACGUACAACAGAGAAACAUGGUCGUCCACUUGAUGCAUCGUCACCAUUAGGAACUUACGGCCAGCCUAGGAUCAUUGCACGUAAGAGUGUAAAGCUCAACAAUAACAAUCGUAGCCCUACUAGACGUGCUUCUAGACGUAACAAAAAGGCAUAUGAUGGUUCAUCUGAGGAGGAGAAUAAUGUAGUCUUACAAUCACCUAAUCAGGGUGUCGGUACACAAGACAACCGUGCUUCCGUAACAACUAACCCUGAAGAGAAGCUGAUUGUUCGUGAUAUAACAGCAAAGAAAAUAAGUAAGGAUAUUAUCGAAAUCUCUAGUGAAUCAGAUGAUGAAGUCUACGAAAAAAGAGGAGAAGAGAAAGAAAAUGAUAAUGAUCAUGACGCUGAUGACAGGAAUGCGGUAGAAAGUCAAGCUCCUUCCCAGUAUGUCCCCUCAUCACCAAGUUCUCGACGUGCGUCAUCUGAUGUUUCCCAAAACCAACAACGAAAGCAAAAAAAUGUUCGGUUGGUCACUGAUAGUGAGAGCGACGAAGAGGAAGAUGAACAGACAGAAAUCGAUCAGCAUAAUAGGGUAAAGGUCCGACAAGCUCGGCAGAGGAUUGAGAGAAAGAAGGCUGAAUAUGGUUUUAGUGCUUUCUCACAAAUGGAAAAAGAUAACUAUGUGAGAACAAAAGGUUUAUCGAAGACCAAUCGUCCCCAGCUGUCGCAGAGAGAAACUACUAAUAGUGGUAGAAGAGUUCGAGUCCCUAUGAGAGCUUAUGAGUCAGAUUUGAUUAUACGAUACGUUAUCAACGAAUACAGACUUGCAAGGAAAUACGGCUCACAUGCGAUGUACGGAAUGUACUCGCGUAUGAUAACUGAUCAUGGUUGGGGUGGAAGGUACAGUCAGAUAUUGCAAGACAGACAUAAUGUUGAUAUUAAAGACUAUGUUUUUAAAUACAGCUCGAAUAAACUAAAUAAUAUGGAAAAGCUCCACCCAGCCUUCCGCACAACUUAUGGAUGUCAAGACGCAGCAUCUUAUAUGUUCUAUGAUGAUACAGAUUCAGAUGAAGAAGCGGACGGUAUGAAAGCAACGAAUCAAACUCAGAUAAAAAGAGAAGUUCAAAGGAGGUUUGGCAGUGUCGCCGAACUCGUAGAGAGACUUACACCUGGAGCUUCCACGCAACGUAUCCCAUCCAUUCCGCCCCAAACUCAUGUCACUGAUUCAAAUAACGAUGUGGAUUACGAAGAAGUGGACCAACUUGCGUCGGUUGAGCCUCAUGAAAGAUCUGAUAGAUUGCGUACUGUAACGUCGAAUGCACGUUCGGGCACAAAGCGUCCUCGUUCGCUCCAAGAGUUUAACGAAACAAAUGAAGAAUACACAGAAGCACCACCAGUAAGAGGGAAAAGAAGAGCUAUACCGGUUGGUAGGAACACAGGGAAUGGAGACUAAGGUUAAUAAGGUUCAUAGAAUUCUAGUUGUAUAUUGUAUUAUAAGCUAUGUUUACUAAGUUAAUUGUCUUUAUAAAUAAUCUAUGCGCUCUUCUGUGCAUAUUUCAGCUUGUGCAAUUCUCGUGCGUCCCUCUCUGUAGUUCUCAUCCAAAGUUCUGUGAGAGCUGAAAACCCCGCUGCGAGGAUUGUACGUGUGCUAGCUGUAUUACGGUAGAAUAGCAAACAUAAGACACUUAAGAGUAAGCCAAGUAAUGGAGACCUAGGUUCGGGUACAUGCCUCAAUGCUGGGUGGCUUAUCGUAAUAAAGUCUCUCCCAGAGAGUGUGUUUAGCAGUGAGGGCACAGGGAAGAGUAGUGCUACGAUGUUUAGGAUAGUCCCUCUAUUUCUGUAUUGGAACAACAAACUGAAGGGCAUUAGAUAAUAGAAAAUGAUAUCAGAGCAAACCCACGAAGCAGCCUGUAUAGAUAUGAGUGAUAGUGUUAUGAUCCUAUAUAAUCUAUUGGAGUUCAAGUUACUGUCUUCUAUUUCUUUGACAAUUUGCG